AUGGUGGCAGGAAAACUGGUGUUCCACUGGGAGGGUCCGGUCCAUCGCAUCAUUAUCAGCCCCGGGAAAAGCCACAGGGGAAGGGGGUGUCUGGGGGGCGUGGGAGCGACGGUCAGCUUGCUGCCGGUCGUCAGAGAGCUGCUGGAGAAGGGCGCGGGGGACAGGGCGGGCUCCUGGUGGCCGAGGGCUUCGAGUGGCUUACCCCAGGCGUGUCCCUCUCCUCUGCCCCCACAGCACCUGCAGCAGCACGAGAGUGGCGUGGAGGGUGAGGGCUGCUACUACCACUGCGCCCUGUGCAGCUACUCCACCAAGGCCAAGCUGAACCUCAUCCAGCACGUGCGCUCCAUGAAGCACCAGCGCAGCGAGAGCCUGCGCAAGCUGCAGCGGCUGCAGAAGGGCCUUCCCGAGGAGGACGAGGACCUGGGGCAGAUCUUCACCAUCCGCAGGUGCCCCUCCGCCGACCCGGAAGAAGCCAUUGAAGAUGUUGAAGGGCCCAGUGAAGCAGCUGCUGACCCGGAGGAGCUUGCUAAAGACCAAGAGAGUGGAGGCGAGAAGGACCAGGGCAAGUGGACAGCAUCGUCCAGCCAAGCAGAGAAGGAGCUCACAGAUUCUCCUGCCACUUCAAAACGCAUCUCCUUCCCCAGUAGCUCAGAAUCUCCUCUCCCUUCGAAGCGACCAAAAACAGCAGAGGAGACCAAAGCAGAGCAGAUGUACCAGUGUCCCUACUGCAAGUACAGCAAUGCUGACGUCAACCGGCUGCGGGUGCACGCCAUGACACAGCACUCCGUGCAGCCCAUGCUUCGCUGCCCCCUGUGCCAGGACAUGCUCAACAACAAGAUCCACCUCCAGCUGCACCUCACCCACCUCCACAGUGUGGCACCCGACUGCGUGGAGAAACUCAUUAUGACGGUGACCACCCCUGAGAUGGUGAUGCCCAGCAGCAUGUUCCUCCCGGCAGCGGCUCCAGAUCGAGAUGGGAGCUCCAGUUUGGAGGAGGCAGGAAAGCAGCCUGAAACCACAGAGGACCUGGGGAAGAACAUCUUGCCCUCCAUGAGCACAGAGCACAGUGGGGAUCUGAGACCCUCCCCUGCUGAGCCUGGCUCUGUGAGAGAAGAUUCCGGCUUCCUGUGCUGGAAGAAGGGGUGCAAUCAGGUCUUCAAAACUUCGGCAGCUCUUCAGACACACUUCAAUGAGGUUCAUGCCAAGAGGCCUCAGCUGCCAGUGUCAGAUCGCCACGUGUACAAGUACCGCUGCAAUCAGUGCAGCCUGGCUUUCAAGACCAUUGAAAAGCUGCAGCUCCAUUCUCAGUACCACGUGAUCAGAGCCGCCACUAUGUGCUGUCUUUGUCAGCGCAGUUUCCGAACUUUCCAGGCUCUGAAGAAACACCUUGAGACGAGCCACCUGGAAUUGAGUGAGGCCGACAUCCAGCAGCUUUAUGGAGGCCUUCUGGCCAAUGGGGACCUCCUGGCAAUGGGAGACCCCACCCUGGCUGAGGACCACACCAUAAUCGUUGAGGAGGACAAGGAGGAAGAAAGUGACUUGGAAGAUAAACAGAGCCCAACAGGCAGCGACUCUGGGUCAGUACAAGAGGACUCGGGCUCAGAGCCAAAAAGAGCUCUACCUUUCAGAAAAGGUCCCAACUUCACCAUGGAAAAAUUUCUAGACCCUUCUCGCCCUUACAAGUGUACUGUCUGCAAGGAAUCUUUUACUCAGAAGAACAUCCUGCUGGUGCACUACAAUUCCGUCUCCCACCUGCAUAAAUUAAAGAGAGCCCUUCAAGAAUCGGCGACGGGUCAGCCAGAACCCACCAGCAGCCCAGACAACAAGCCAUUCAAGUGUAACACCUGUAAUGUGGCCUACAGCCAGAGUUCUACUCUAGAGAUCCACAUGAGGUCCGUGCUGCAUCAGACCAAGGCCCGAGCAGCCAAGCUGGAGGCUGCAGGCAGCGGCAGCAGCGGGCCCGGCCCCAGCGGCGUUCCCCUGAGCUCCUGCGCCCCAAGUCCCAUAAGCACCAGUGGCAAUAACACUUUUACCACCGCCAACUCCAGCAGUGCAGGCUGCACCUCAAGUGCCGGCUUGCUGAGCCAGGUGCCCACGGAAAGCGCCGGGCCACCACCCCCCGGGACCCCUGUCGGGGGUGGCAUCGCUCCCCCUUCAGAGCCCAAGGAGACCAACCGGAAGAAGCUGGCAGACAUGAUCGCGUCCAGGCAACAGCAGGCGCAGGCACAGGCGCAGACACUGGCCCAGGCACAGGCGCAGGCACAGGCGCACCUGCAGCAGGAGCUGCAGCAGCAGGCCGCGCUGAUCCAGUCGCAGCUGUUCAGCCCCACACUCCUGCCUCCCUUCCCCAUGACCACAGAGACGCUGCUGCAGCUCCAGCAGCAGCAUCUGCUCUUCCCCUUCUACAUCCCCAGCGCCGACUUCCAGCUCAACCCCGAGACGAGCCUGCCGGUGAGCGGCGGUGCCCUGGCGCUGGCCGGGACGGGUCCAGGCCUGCUGGAGGAGCUGAAGGCCCAGGUUCAGGUCCCGCCACAGGGCCACCAGCAGAUCCUGCAGCAGCCGCCACACCAAAGCCAGCUGUCACUGCCCCAGAGCCACCCCGCCCUCCUGCAGCCAAGCCAGCACCCCGAGAAGAAGAACAAACUGGCCAUCAAAGAGAAGGAGAAGGAAGGCCAGAGAGAGAGGGACGGUGCCGAAGUGGGGGAGGGCAGCGCAGCACCGAAGGAGCCCCCGGCAGACGCCCCUAAGGCCAAGGAGAGGAAGGAGCUGGUGCCUGGAGGCGGCCCCGAGCCAGCCAUGCCGCCUCCACGCAUCGCCUCAGACGCCAGGGGAAAUGCUACCAAGGCCCUGCUGGAGAACUUCGGCUUUGAGCUGGUCAUCCAGUACAACGAGAACAAGCAGAAGGUGCAGAAGAAGAACGGGAGGGCCGAGCAGGGAGAAAACCUGGAGAAGCUGGAGUGUGACUCCUGUGGCAAAUUGUUCUCCAACAUCUUGAUCUUAAAGAGUCACCAGGAGCAUGUCCAUCAAAAUUACUUUCCCUUUAAGCAGCUGGAGAGGUUUGCCAAACAGUACAGAGAGCACUACGACAAACUGUACCCGCUACGGCCCCAGACCCCGGAGCCCGCACCGCCGCCACCACCGCCGCCACCGCCCCUGCCUGCGGCGCCCCCACAGCCAGCUUCCACGCCUGCAGUCCCAGCAGUGGCCCCGCCCAUCACAUCGCCCCCGAUCGCGCCAGCCCAGCCAUCUGUGCCGCUCACACAGCUCUCCAUGCCCAUGGAGCUGCCCAUCUUCUCGCCGCUGAUGAUGCAGACGAUGCCGCUGCAGACCCUGCCGGCUCAGCUACCCCCGCAGCUUGGGCCAGUGGAACCACUGCCCACAGACCUGGCCCAGCUGUACCAGCAUCAGCUCAAUCCCAGCCUGCUGCAGCAGCAGAGCAAGAGACCUCGCACCAGGAUCACGGAUGACCAGCUCCGAGUCCUGCGGCAGUACUUUGACAUUAACAACUCCCCCAGUGAGGAGCAGAUCAAAGAGAUGGCGGACAAGUCGGGGCUGCCCCAGAAGGUGAUCAAGCACUGGUUCAGAAACACCCUCUUCAAAGAGCGGCAGCGUAAUAAGGACUCCCCUUACAACUUCAGCAAUCCUCCCAUCACCAGCCUGGAGGAGCUCAAGAUUGAUUCGCGGCCCCCGUCGCCAGAGCCGCAGAAGCAGGAGUACUGGGGAAGCAAGAGGUCUUCAAGGACAAGGUUUACUGACUACCAGCUGAGGGUCCUGCAGGACUUCUUCGAUGCCAAUGCUUACCCAAAGGAUGAUGAAUUUGAGCAACUCUCUAAUUUACUAAACCUUCCAACCCGAGUCAUAGUGGUGUGGUUCCAAAAUGCCCGACAGAAGGCCCGUAAAAAUUACGAGAAUCAGGGAGAGGGCAAAGAUGGAGAACGGCGUGAGCUUACGAAUGACAGGUAUAUUCGAACAAGCAACUUGAACUACCAGUGCAAAAAGUGUAGCCUGGUGUUCCAGCGCAUCUUUGAUCUUAUCAAACACCAGAAGAAGCUGUGUUACAAGGAUGAGGACGAGGAGGGGCAGGAAGACAGCCAAAAUGAGGAUUCCAUGGACGCCAUGGAAAUCCUGACGCCCACCAGCUCCUCCUGCAGCACCCCGAUGCCUUCACAGGCUUACAGCGCCCCAGCACCAUCAGCCAAUUCGGCUUCCUCCGCUUUUUUACAGCUCACCGUGGAGGCCGAUGAACUGGCCACCUUCAGUUCAAAAACAGAGGUGAGUGAUGAGAAACCAAAGCAGGCUGAACCUCCCAGUGCACAGCCAAACCAAACCCAAGAAAAGCAAGGACAACCAAAGGCAGAGCUGCAACAGCAAGACCCGCCUGAGCAGAAGACAAACGCAGCCCAGCAAAAGCUCCCGCCACUGACAUGCCCCCCUUCCUUACCACAGCCUCCUCCACAAGCCCCGCCGCCUCAGUGCCCCAUGCCCCAGUCGAGCCCCAGUCCUUCCCAGCUCUCCCAUCUGCCCCUCAAGCCCCUCCACACCUCAACCCCUCAACAGUUGGCAAACCUACCUCCUCAGCUAAUCCCCUACCAGUGUGACCAGUGUAAGUUGGCGUUUCCAUCAUUUGAGCACUGGCAGGAGCAUCAGCAGCUUCAUUUCCUGAGUGCACAGAACCAGUUCAUCCACCCACAGUUUUUGGACAGGUCAUUGGAUAUGCCUUUCAUGCUGUUUGACCCUAGUAACCCGCUCCUGGCAAGCCAGCUGCUCUCUGGGGCCAUACCGCAGAUUCCGGUGAGCUCAGCCACUUCUCCUUCAACCCCAACUUCCACAAUGAACACUCUGAAGAGGAAGCUGGAGGAAAAGGCCAGUGCAAGCCCUGGGGAAAAUGACAGUGGGACGGGAGGAGAAGAGCCUCAGAGAGACAAGCGUUUGAGGACAACCAUUACACCUGAGCAGCUAGAAAUUCUCUACCAAAAGUAUCUUUUAGACUCUAAUCCAACUCGGAAGAUGUUGGAUCAUAUUGCGCAUGAGGUGGGCUUGAAGAAACGUGUGGUACAAGUCUGGUUUCAGAACACCCGAGCCCGGGAAAGGAAAGGGCAGUUCCGGGCUGUGGGCCCAGCCCAGGCCCACAGGAGGUGCCCCUUUUGCAGAGCGCUCUUCAAAGCCAAGACUGCCCUGGAGGCUCACAUCCGGUCCCGUCACUGGCACGAAGCCAAGCGAGCUGGCUACAACCUAACUCUGUCUGCAAUGCUCCUAGACUGUGAUGGGGGACUCCAGAUGAAAGGAGAUAUUUUUGAUGGAACAAGCUUCUCCCACCUACCCCCAAGCAGUAGUGAUGGCCAAGGUGUUCCCCUUUCACCUGUGAGUAAAACCAUGGAGUUGUCUCCCAGAACUCUUCUUAGCCCUUCUUCCAUCAAAGUGGAAGGGAUUGAAGACUUUGAAAGCCCCUCUAUGUCCUCAGUUAAUCUAAAUUUUGACCAAACCAAGCUGGACAACGAUGACUGUUCCUCUGUCAACACGGCAAUCACAGAUACCACUACCGGAGAUGAGGGCAAUGCAGAUAAUGACAGUGCAACGGGAAUAGCAACUGAAACCAAAUCCUCUUCCGCGCCCAAUGAAGGGUUGACCAAAGCAGCCAUGAUGGCAAUGUCCGAGUAUGAAGAUCGCUUGUCGUCUGGUCUGGUCAGCCCAGCCCCGAGCUUUUACAGCAAGGAAUAUGACAAUGAAGGUACAGUGGACUACAGUGAAACCUCAAGCCUUGCAGACCCCUGUUCCCCAAGUCCCGGUGCAAGCGGGUCAGCAGGCAAAUCUGGAGAGAGCGGGGAUCGGCCCGGGCAGAAACGUUUUCGCACUCAGAUGACCAAUCUGCAACUGAAGGUCCUUAAGUCAUGCUUUAAUGACUACAGGACACCCACCAUGCUAGAGUGUGAGGUCCUGGGCAAUGACAUUGGACUGCCAAAGAGAGUUGUUCAGGUCUGGUUCCAGAAUGCCCGGGCAAAAGAAAAGAAGUCCAAGCUAAGCAUGGCCAAGCAUUUUGGUAUAAACCAAACCAGUUAUGAGGGACCCAAAACAGAGUGCACUUUGUGUGGCAUCAAGUACAGCGCUCGGCUGUCUGUACGUGACCAUAUCUUUUCCCAACAGCAUAUCUCCAAAGUUAAAGACACCAUUGGAAGCCAGUUGGACAAGGAGAAAGAAUAUUUUGACCCAGCCACUGUACGUCAGUUGAUGGCUCAGCAAGAGUUAGACCGGAUUAAAAAAGCCAAUGAGGUCCUUGGGCUGGCAGCCCAGCAGCAAGGGAUGUUUGACAGCGCCCCUCUCCAAGCUCUUAACCUUCCUGCGGCUUAUCCGGCGCUCCAGGGCAUCCCGCCGGUGUUGCUUCCAGGCCUCAACAGCCCCUCCUUGCCGGGCUUUACUCCAUCUAACACAGCUUUAACAUCUCCUAAACCGAACUUGAUGGGUCUGCCCAGCACAACAGUUCCUUCCCCUGGCCUCCCCACAUCCGGAUUACCAAAUAAACCAUCCUCAGCAUCGCUGAGCUCCCCGACCCCAGCACAAGCCACCAUGGCGAUGGCCCCUCAGCAACCCCCCCAGACCCAGCCGCAGCCACCGCAGGUGCAGCCACCGCCUGCAGCCCAGCCGCCACCUGUGCCACAGCUCCCGCCACAACAGCAGCUACAGCCACGCAAGGACAGAGACGGUGAGAAGGUAAAAGAGAAGGAAAAGGCACACAAAGGGAAAGGGGAGACCCUUCCUGUCCCCAAGAAGGAGAAAGGAGAGGCCCCCACGGCGGCUGCAGCCCCGCUCACAGCCCCGCUGCCCACCAUGGAGUAUGCAGUGGACCCUGCCCAGCUGCAGGCGCUGCAGGCGGCCUUGACUUCGGACCCCACAGCGCUGCUCACGAGCCAGUUCCUUCCUUACUUCGUACCAGGCUUCUCCCCCUACUACGCCCCCCAGAUCCCCGGCGCCCUGCAGAGCGGUUACCUGCAGCCCAUGUACGGCAUGGAAGGCCUGUUCCCCUACAGCCCCGCGCUGUCGCAGGCCCUCAUGGGGCUGUCCCCGGGCUCCCUCCUGCAGCAGUACCAGCAAUACCAGCAGAGCCUGCAGGAGGCGCUCCAGCAGCAGCGACUCCAGCAGCAGAAAGCGCAGCCGCCCAAAGCAAGCCAGACCCCAGCCCCCCAGAGGGCUGCCUCCCCGGACAAAGACCCUGCCAAAGAAUCCCCCAAACCAGAAGAGCAGAAAAAUGCACCCCGCGAGGUGUCCCCCCUCCUGCCGAAACCCCCCGAAGAGCCAGAAGCAGAAAGCAAAAGUGCGGACUCCCUCUACGACCCCUUCAUUGUUCCAAAGGUGCAGUACAAGUUGGUCUGCCGCAAGUGCCAGGCGGGCUUCAGCGACGAGGAGGCGGCGAGGAGCCACCUGAAGUCCCUCUGCUUCUUCGGCCAGUCUGUGGUGAACCUGCAAGAGAUGGUGCUUCACGUCCCCACGGGCGGGGGCAGUGGCGGCGGCGGCGGCGGGAGUGGCGGCGGCUCGUACCACUGCCUGGCGUGCGAGAGCGCGCUGUGUGGGGAGGAAGCUCUGAGUCAACAUCUCGAGUCAGCCUUGCACAAACACAGAACAAUCACGAGAGCAGCAAGAAACGCCAAAGAGCACCCUAGUUUAUUACCUCACUCUGCCUGCUUCCCCGAUCCUAGCACCGCAUCUACCUCGCAGUCUGCCGCUCACUCAAACGACAGCCCCCCUCCCCCGUCGGCCGCCGCCCCCUCCUCCUCCUCCGCUUCCCCCCACGCCUCCAGGAAGUCUUGGCCGCAAGUGGUCUCCCGGGCUUCGGCCGCGAAGCCCCCUUCUUUUCCUCCUCUCUCCUCAUCUUCAACGGUUACCUCAAGUUCAUGCAGCACCUCAGGGGUUCAGCCCUCGAUGCCAACAGACGACUAUUCGGAGGAGUCUGACACGGAUCUCAGCCAGAAGUCCGACGGACCGGCGAGCCCGGUGGAGGGUCCCAGAGACCCCAGCUGCCCCAAGGACAGUGGUCUGACCAGUGUAGGAACGGACACCUUCAGAUUGUAAGCUUUGAAGAUGAACAAUACAAACAAAUGAAUUUAAAUAAA